UCUCUCUCUCUCCUCCUCCUCCCUCCCCUCCUCCCUCUCUGCUGCAGACAGGGCUCCUCCAGCAGUAGAGGAGCUGAGGUACGGGGUGAAUACAGCGGCUCUUAGCGGGCAGCGGAUGCGUGAUGAGCGGGUCAGAGGCUCUGGGCUCCACCGCCGGUACCGGCUAGAACCGGCAGGGGGAGGGGAGGGGUGGGGGGGUUGUGAUUCAAUGUGUGUCGCUGUCCGUCUGCAUCAUGCUGUACUUCCAGCUGGUGAUCAUGGCGGGGACCAUCAUGCUGGCCUACUACUUCGAGUACACAGACACCUUCAGCGUGCACGUGCAGGGCUUCUUCUGCUACGACACCUCCUACACCAAGCCCUACCUGGGCCCCGAAGACAGCAGCGCCGUCCCGCCCAUCCUGCUCUACGCCCUGGUGUCUGGACUGCCCACGCUGCUGAUUACCGUCACGGAGACCAUCCUGUUCCUGGUCCAGUACACGUCCAAAGAGUUCGACCGCUCUGAGAAGACGGUGGCCACUGGAGACUGCUGUUACCUCAACCCGUUGGUGCGCAGAACAUUCCGUUUCCUGGGAGUCUACGCCUUCGGCCUCUUCACCGUGGACAUCUUCGUCAACGCGGGGCAGGUGGUGACGGGAAACCUGGCGCCGUACUUCCUGACGGUGUGUAAGCCCAACUACACUGCGCUUGGCUGCCAACAGGCCCUGCGCUACAUCAGCCACCAGGAGGCCUGCACAGGGAACCAAGACGACAUCCUGAGGGCCCGCAAGACCUUUCCCUCCAAGGAGGCGGCCCUCAGCGUCUAUGCCGCUCUGUACCUUGCUAUGUACGUGACGUACACGGUGCGCGCCAAGGGGACCCGCCUGGCCAAGCCGCUACUGUCUCUGGGCUUCAUGUGUCUGGCCUUCCUCACUGGUCUGAACCGUGUGGCAGAGUACCGGAACCACUGGGCCGACGUCAUCGCCGGCUUUAUCAUCGGCAUGGCUAUCGCCACCUUCCUGGUGGUGUGUGUGGUCCAUAACUUCAAAGGGAAGCUGCUGCUGAAUGAGGAGCUUCCUGAGCAGCAGAGCAGCAUGGCCAUGCUGAACGUGGGCCAGGUGGAGAGUCCUCUGGAGAAGUACAUCGCCUCACAGAAUCACAUCGGCUUCGCUGAGGUCACAUGACGUGGAGUCUGCGGUGUGGCAGACCCACUGGACGUCCACGCUCUUCACCGUCCAAUCCUAUUAACCAGAGUGCAGCACUGUGUUUGUCUGUAGUUCCAUGUUGUCUGCAGUGGACCGACCUGAAGGGACCAAAAAAGGUCGGCUCCUCCUGCUUCUCCAUCUAUGCACUUAUUCCAGUUGCUCUCCUCCAAACCAGCCUUUUACUGCGAUAAUCUAGGAAGAAUUCAGAUGAGUAGAAGAACAGGAAGAGCUGGCGACUGUCAGCGCUUUAUGUUCCUAUCUAAGAACAUGAUUGGCUGCUUAUUUCUGUGCUCUAUGUAAACAUCCUCCCUAAAGUCAGGAACGGAUCCGUGUUUGUAAAGAACGGCAUUGUGGGUAAAGCAGCAGGAAUGAGAUGGAUCCAGAACAAGUUCCUCCUCAUCCUCAGCAGAACCUCACAGAGACCAGCAGCUGUGGGAAGAUCCACGGGGUUCCACUCUGAGCCGCUUCCAGAACCUUUACUGCUCUUCGCUUCAAGGUUGCCUCUGAUCAGCUGUCUGUGGAUCCAGGAGACGCUGAUUCGUCAUUUCUCCUCAUCAGCAGCAUCAGAUCGAAAACGUUUAGAAACAAAACGCUGCAGCAAUCUCUCACAUGGAGCAGGUAUGCAGCCCCUGUGGAACUGGGAGUGGUCCUCUGCUGCACCCUGCUGGGGAUGAGAGGACAGCGCAGACUGUCCCCAGUUAUAAGGCGUUGUAGCUGGUUGCUAACCAACCGGAGCGGAACAGAUCCGGUUACCCAGCUCCCUCCAACAUAUUGGUAUGCUGCUCCUGCUGGUCCGACCAGUUACUGUCUAACGCAACAAAUGUUCCUGUUUGUUCAACAGCAGACUACGACGGAGGGUUAGGGCCAGCUAGAUUUAUUUUUUUUUCUAUUUCCAGAAUAAAGUCGUAAAAUUUCGAGAAUAAAUUCGUAAAAUUACGAGAAUAAAGUUGCAAAGAGAAUAGUCAUUCAAUUACGCGAAUAAAUACAUAAAAUUACGAGAAUAAAGUUGCAAAGAGAAUAGUCAUACAAUUACGAGAAUAAAGUCGUAAGAUUACGACAAU